GCGAGGCAAUUAGGGUUUAUGGCAGCGCCAAGGAUCUACGCGCUUGUAAGGCGCUCCACGCGCGGCUGGAGCGCCUCCUCGGCGAUGGCUACCACGGCAAUCGCGUUCUCCACACGAUGCUCGUCCAGAUGUAUGGCAAAUGCGGCAGCAUCGCCGACGCUAGGGCCGUGUUCGAUGGGAUCCAGCAGCCGGCGCUUACGCCGUCGUGGAAUGUGAUGAUCGCGGCAUAUGCCAACAAUGGGGAUUUUCUCGGGGCGCGCCGGCUGUUCGAUCGCGCGCCGCGCAGGGAUGUCUUCACCUGGACGACGCUGAUGCACGGCGCCGCGCAGCACGAAGGGAUCCCUAGCGCCAGGGUGAUCUUUCGCCUCAUGCCUGGGAGGACGUCCGUGUCCUGGAAUUCCAUGAUCGCUGCAAAUGCCGUGAAUGGGGACCUUGCCGAGGCGGCUGCGUGCUUCGAGAACUCGCCCGAGCGAUCGCUCUCGUCGUGGAAUUCCAUCUUCCAGGCCUAUCUCCACAGCGGCGAGCUGGAUCGAGCAAAGCCCACAUUCGAUCGAUCGCCCGGGCACGAUUGCCUCUCGUGGAACGCGCUCCUGGCGGGGCUUAUACGGCAAGGCCACACUGCCGAGGCACGGAACGUGUACGACGCCAUGCCCGAGACGAAUGUGGUGUCCUGUACCGCGAUCAUCCAAGGCUACUCCCAAGAUGGAGCUCCCGAGCUCGCGAAGAGAGUGUUCGAUGAGUUCUCUGGACGAGACGUGGUGCUGUGGACUUCGAUGUUCUUGGCUUAUGCCGAGAAUGGGCAUUUGGAAGUGGCCAGAGCGAUGUAUGAUCGGAUGCCUCUCUGGGACGUGAUCUCUUCGACUGCCAUCGUUGGGAUCUUUGCUCAUGGUGGCCAGCUCGAGGAGGCAAAGCUUGUCUUUGAUCAGAUGCCUCGGCAUAGCGUGGUAUCGUGGAACUCGAUGAUGGCGGCGUAUGCCCAGAAGGGUCAUACUGACAAGGCAGUGGAGAUCUUCCAUUCCAUGCCCCUGCGCGAUGUUUCGUCUUACAACGGGCUCAUUGCGGCGUAUGCCCAGAAGAGAGACGUCGAGAACGUCAAGGCGGUGUUUGACAAGAUGGUGACACGGGACAUUCUUUCGUGGGAUGCGCUUCUGGGGGCUUUUAUGCAGGACAAGGAGCUGGAGAAAGCAAGCUCUACGUUCAAGCUCUUGCCGAAACGAAGUGUUUCCUCGUGGAACGCUGUUUUCAUGGCUUUCGCGCAGAAUGGGACGCUGGAAGAGGCUAGAAGUCUCUUCAUUUUGAUGCCGCAGAAGGAUGUAGUGACUUGGAACGCGAUGAUCACUGCGAGCUCGCAUCACGGGGAGCUCUCGGAGGCGGAGCUCUUGUUCCGGAGGUGUCCCGAGAGGGAUUCGGUCACUUGGAGCUCGAUGAUAGCGGCAUUUUCACAGAACAAGUCUCUCGACAAGGCGGUCGAGGCUUACGAAGCCAUGCCAGAGAAGACGGUCCACGCUUGCAACUCGAUGCUGGGGGCCUUCAUGCAGCACGGGAAGCUGCAAGAAACCAAGGACGCAUUCGAUCGCUUGCCAGUGCGAGACGUUAUCUCGUGGAACUCCGUGAUCGCAAUGCACGUCCAAAAGGGCGAUGGUGCUCAGCAGGCUUUCGAGCUCUUCCACACCAUGCACUUGGAUGGAUGCUUGCCGGACGCCAUCACUUUCGUCAUAGUUCUCAGCCUGUGCAACCAUUACGGCCUGCUCGACCAGGCUUGCUGCUACUUCGUGUCACGAAGCAGCGAUUUUGGCGUCGUGGCGGUGCGAGAGCACUACUGCUGCCUGGCCGAUACGCUCGGGCGAGCCGGGCGGCUUGGCGACGCCGAGGAGCUCGUCAAAAUCAUGCCUUUCGUGCCAAACUCGGUGGCUUGGGGGACUUUGCUGGGAGCUUGCAGGCUUCACCUUGAUCCAAGUCGAGGCACACGGAUGGCGGAGAAUGCGUUUGAGUUUACUGACCGGAGCAAAACCUCGUCGCCGUUUAUGGUGCUGGCCAACAUGUACUUUGCAGCACCGUGAGAUCUUUUUGCUCUCGCUGAUACGUUUUUGUUUUUCUUCUUCGUUACUGCCAGGUCGAGGGAUGGGCUUGGACAUACCAAAACAGGUCCGUUCAAUCCAAACGCAUGGGUCCGUCUCUCCGUCGGUGAGUCUGUUUUGUUUUGGACAGCUUCUCUGCAACUUGGAGGGAUUGACGAACUCGGCCUCUUAAUGCAAGGAGGGGAGGAUAAAACCUCUGGGAUCUUUGCUUCCAAGCCUGGGACACGGUCCAAACCGCGGCUCUUGGCUAAAAGGGUGAGCCAUCCAGCGCUAAAUUGCUGGAGCUGCGUUGGGACAAGAGACCAGCGUUUAAGAGCACCAUGACUGUGAGCGGCAUGCGAGAAGGAUCUUCUUCCUGCGUUUUUAGAGCACUGGCGGUACAGGACAAUGGAGCAUGCGAAUUUGCGGUGGCAGCCGCAUAUUCCAGCUCUUUUGUGUGGCCUACACUGCGCCAACCACGCCUUCCAUCGUCACAUACCACCACUCGAGCAAUCGCCAGAAAUUUUCUAGUUUUCUCCUCUCAGCGGCGGUGAAAGAGCAAUCUCAGUUCCUUUGGAAGAUCGUGGGAAUCUCCCCUUCGUCCCCGGCCGAGUGAGAAGCGAAAAAAAGUACAGGGGAAUGAAAGUAUAGACGUGCGCACGCACACGUUUGCGAGCACACGCCGAUGAGACGUCCACGUGGCGGGCUCGGCCGGCAUUCCCGCUCAGUGUCUCGCGGCCACCAAACAUGCCGUGUCCGUACGCAGGUAGGUCGUGACGUCAGCGUUGCGCAAACUCGUGAAGCUUACCUUUCCGUGCAUGUGUGCACGUAUUUGUUUCGUGGGGAUUGGAAAUUUUUUGUAGAGCUCGUGAACGCAAUCUUCUAUAAAAAUUUGAUCUUCCAGUUCC